CGUAUGACAUGACACGUUGCCUCCUACUCUUCGCGUCGCGUCACCAGUUCGUGUUGGAAUCGUCUGCUGUUUGUCACAAGGUACAGCUGUGAGCGUCGAUUUGUCCGUCAAGCGUCUUACUUGAUUGUCCGGAGACCAGGACAAGCAUUGUCGAGCUAUUUCGUGCAGCUAUCCAACAAAGCCUGAACGGAAUCUAUAUAUCUGUAACUGGUUCUCGUUGAAAGGAGGUACUUCCUAUAAUUUCUUCCUAACUAUCUGAAAUCACGUAAACAAUGCCUGCCGCACCUAGUGCUACUUCCGUUGGCUCGGCUGGACGGUCACCCAGUAAAGCCAUAGCACCGAGAACAGGUGGUAGCGGUACUGUUAGGCAAAGGAAAACCACUGUGGCCUCUUCCACUAGGAAUAGAAAUACUGGCACAAGCUCCGGAGGUAUGUGGAGGUUCUACACGGAUGAUUCACCUGGUAUCAAAGUAGGUCCUGUGCCGGUACUUGUAAUGUCACUUUUGUUCAUUGCAUCUGUAUUUAUGCUUCAUAUUUGGGGAAAGUACACUCGAAACUAGCGUUUAACACAAUAUAAUAAGAUUGGAUUGAAAAAGCCAAGAAGCAAAGGACAAUGCGAAAUAAAUAACUAUCUUGAGCAAAUAAUAUAUAGGUUUUUAUAUGUUAUGUAUUAAGAGGUGAAUAUAUAUAUACAUAUAUAAUAUUAUUGAAAAAAUUAUCAUAAAAUUCAUAAUGCUAUAUAGACAUCAUUAUACAGUGAAAAUGUUAAGCAUGGGAAUCUUUUUUUAUAUAAAUCCAUUAAUUAAAUGUAUUGUGCAAAAAAGUGUGAAAGUAUUCAGGUUGCAUUUGUAAUAUUAAGAGUAUAACAAUAUAUAAUAUUAAAAUAUU